GCGUCGCGUUUUGUGUAGAAUCAUGGUGGACGCAGAUGCCAAGACGACAACCUCGGCGUUGCAUCAAUUACCCCACACAUCCUUGGCGCCCCAGACCCAAACCAAAAGUUCAAGAGCGGGACUCCGGUCUUCCUCCGACAAACGCAGCCCGCGACAGACACGCCCACAAUGUCGUCCACAACAGCCAAGGGAGACACACACCCGGCUGUCAAGGGGCCAAGCGCCCUGCGAUCCAUCCUCGCUGGCGCAACAGCUGGCGCCGUGGAGAUUGCAAUCACAUACCCGGCCGAAUUCGCCAAGACCCGGACACAGCUCAACCGCAGGUUAGCCGCAGGCCAGAAGCUGCCAUGGCCGCCAUUCGGCAAGCAGUGGUAUGCGGGCUGCACGACCUUGAUCAUUGGCAAUUCGGCCAAGGCGGGCAUCCGAUUCGUUGCGUUUGACCAAUACAAGAAGCUGCUGGCCGACGCCGACGGCAAGAUGUCCGGUCCGCGGACGGUGCUCGCGGGGUUCGGCGCGGGCGUGACCGAGUCCCUGCUCGCAGUCACACCAACGGAGAGCAUCAAGACAACUCUCAUCGACGACCGCAAAUCCGCCAACCCCCGCCUCCGCGGCUUCCUGCACGCCGUGCCCAUCAUCGCGCGCGAGCGCGGCAUCCGCGGCUUCUUCCAGGGGUUCGUGCCCACAACAGCACGACAGGCCGCCAACAGCGCGACGCGGUUCGGCUCCUACACGGCGCUCAAGCAGCUGGCGGAGGGGUACACGGCGCCGGGGGAGAAGCUGGGCGCGGCCGCGACCUUCGCCAUGGGCGGCAUCGCGGGCCUGAUUACCGUCUACGUGACCCAGCCGCUGGAUACCAUCAAGACGCGCAUGCAGAGCAUCGAGGCGCGCGCGCUGUAUGGGAAUUCGUUCCGCUGCGCGGCGCUGAUUUUUAGGCAGGAGGGGGUGUUGACGUUUUGGAGUGGGGCGCUGCCGCGGCUGGCGAGGUUGAUUAUGAGUGGGGGGAUUGUGUUUACGAUGUAUGAGAAGAGUAUGGAGAUGUUUGACAAGUUCGAUCCGGAGAGGAGGUAUAUUUGAGAGGGGAGAGAAGGGGUGGGGGAGGUGGCCAAGGUGGCCAAGGCCGGACACCUGGUGGGCGUUCCUGUGUGUUUGCAUUUGAGCGGGCGAGUGUAUACCCCCGAUUGGAUCGGUAGACAAAAGGCGGAGGUGUUUUGGGUGAAAAAAUGGGAGAUGUUGAACACCGCCCGUGGUGUCCCGAACGCCAAACGCCUUGACCAUGCAAACGUCGUGUUGUAUUGUACAGAUGCCACUCGGGGGUUCGUCAUGACAACCGAACAAUGCCGCUCAGCCUCUUGCCUAGCCUGUCCAGCCACGACCUGGUCGGC